AUUCAGCUCACCUCACUUUCAAGCUGUUCACUGGGAGCUGUUUUUGCAAUGUCCCAAUAAAACAGCUUGUAGGUCCCCAUUCGGGACAGCAGGACGUGGGCCUUUUGGCCUUUCCAGGCCUCUUCUAUGCCUUUGUGUUAGAAAAAGUAAUUGAAAUAGUUUCACCAUAGUAUACAAAUGUACAUAUAUUUACAUAUUUAUAACUAUAUUAGAAUAGAAACAGAUUAUUUUGUUUAAAAAGAAAUUAAAAGUUACAUACAUUUUUCUUUAAAAGUGGAUGCAUCAGAAGAUGAUGGAAGGCAAGUAGAUUUAUGAGCAGCUGAAAGAAGAGGUGAGAAAGUGGCAAAAGGAGAAGAAGAUGGAGGAGAGAGAGCAGCCAGAGGAGAGGAAGCUACUGGAGGAGAAGAUGGAAAAGAUGGACCAGAAAGAGCAGCUGGAGAACAGAGAGCAGCUGGAGGAGAAUAUUGAGCAGGUGGAGGAGCGACAGCAGCGGGAGGACAAGAAUGAGAAGCUGGAGCAGAGAGAACAACUGGAAGAGAAGCUGGAGGAGAGGGAACAGCUGGAGGAGAAAGAGCAGCUGGAGGAGAAGCUGGAGUAG